AUGACAGAGACUGGAGAGGAGAUAACUUUAUUGCCGUAUGAUUAUGAUAUUGGUGACGAUGGUGGUGACACAAAGACAGGUGAUGGUACUAGUAACGCUGGAAAACCUGCAAAAAAUGCUUCAGAGGGACAGUUGUUAAGGGAUGAUCACACCGAAGAAGGAGGUGGUUUUGCAACUCACCUGUCUGAUAAAUCAGAAGCAACUAGAGGAAACACUAAUAACGGUCAAGGAGAGCACGCAGAACUGCAUCAGCAUGCCGAGCCACCGUCAGUAGAUAAGCAAGCAGAGCGCGUAGAGCCGGAAGAGCCACGACAACCCGAGAGAUUACCCAUACAACCACAUCCGGAAUCGAACUUUCCACAACCAAAUCUAGACCAGCCAUCACCAGUUCAUCCCUAUCAACCACAACCGCAUUCAGAAUUGCCAGAACCUUAUCAGCCGCAACCACCGGCAUCAGCAUCAGUAGGACCUGAAGUAUGUCAAAUCAUUGCUACCGGCAUGAAUACGGAAAUGCAACAAUAUGCAUCACUGCUUGCUAGUGAAGCUCUUACACAAUUUCCAAAUCAGAUGAUGGCUAUUGCGCGCCAUAUCAUGAUGAAUUUUGAAGAGCGAUAUGGACCAGUGUGGUGUUGCGCUGUUAGUAAUGGACAAUUGGGAUUUUAUCUGCGUUAUGACAGAGAGAAUCAUAUUUACUUCACAUUAUCCAGACAUACCAUUUUUCUCUACAAAAGUGGCUUUGUCCAAAGCAUAAUGUCGGACCCUCAAUCAAUCGAAGACCCAAAUCCAAAUCCUGAUAUCGAAACCGGAAAUGCUCAGAUUAUUGCAUCAGGUAUGGACACUGAAAAACAACAAUACGCAAUUCAGUGUGCCAAUGAAGCUAUUAUGCAACAUCCAAGUCAAAAUAUGGCAAUGGCUCAGUAUAUAAUGUCCCAUUUCGAGGAGAGAUAUGGCUCAGCGUGGCACUGUAUCGUAAGUGAUGGAAAUUUGGGAUUUUACGUACGAUACGAUCCUUCAAAUCAUAUCUAUUUCUUUAUAGGAUCAACUACUAUAUUUUUAUUUAAAAAUGAAUGCUAA